GAGAAAGACAGAGAUCUAGAAAAGGGAAUAAUGGGAGCUUGUGCGACUAAACCAAAAGUAUUGUCGAAAGAUGGGGCGGCAGAAGGAGCUGCUCCGGCGCCGGAAGUGAAAGAGGAAGAGACGGUGGUGGUGUCGGAAGUUAAGGAGGUCGUGGUCGUGUCGGAACAGGUGACCGUUCAAGGAGAAGGAAGUGGUGUCGCUGAGCAGGAGGAUAUCAAACCCCGAUCUCUUGAUAAUCUCAUACAAGAGGGUGAAGUGAAGGAAAUAUCUGGAGCAACUCCUCAAUUGGAAGAAGCCAAGGCGGAGGAACCAGUUGUCGCCACCAGCACCGCCGAAUCUGAACCAGUUAUAGAAGAGAAGAAAUCUAUAACCACAGAAGUUAUUGAAGAAAAACCAAAAUCAGAAACCCUAGAAAUCGACGUCAAAACCGACACGCCUCAACCAACCGCAACCACAACCACGGUAGAAAAACCGGCUACUGAGGAAAAAAAAUGAUCAAGAGUCUAAUGGGGUUGAAGAAAAAAAAAUAUAAAAUCAAGAUGGGAUCCUCCAAAAUUUGUAACGAAUCUAUUAAUUAAUUUGCUAUACUAUUCAAUUUUUUUUGUUUUUUUGUUU